AUGCUAAUUUACAAUCAGAAUAUAUCUUUCGUCCUGAGGGGCAUCAACGAUGUUGCGUUCGAAAACAGGCCUAUGCCCAAGAUCGAUGAUCCCUAUGACGUACUUCUCCAAGUUGAAAUGACCGGCAUCUGUGGCUCAGACGUCCACUACUGGUCGAAUGGACGUAUAGGGCCGUUCGUAGUAGAAGAGCCAAUGGUUCUGGGGCACGAAUCAGCCGGAAUAGUGGUGGAAGUGGGCGCUAAGGUACGAUCGUUAAAAGUCGGCGACAGAGUUGCAAUGGAACCAGGUAUUUCAUGCAGACGCUGCACGCGAUGCAAAGAGGGGAAUUAUAACUUGUGUGCUGAGAUGGCGUUUGCUGCAACUCCUCCCUACAAUGGAACAUUGGCGCAAUACUACGUCUUGCCAGAAGACAUGUGCUACAAGCUCCCGGAGAAUGUAUCUCUAGAGGAAGGAGCGAUGCUUGAACCACUCUCAGUAGCUGUCCAUAUCGUGCGACAAACAAACAUCAAGCAUAGUGACAGCGUCGUUGUCUUUGGAGCUGGCCCCGUGGGACUUCUUUGCUGCGCUGUAGCGAAGGCGCACGGCGCAUCAAAAAUCAUUGCUGUGGACAUCCAAAAGUCUCGCCUCGAGUUCGCGAAGAGCUUUGCAGCCACAUCUACCUUCGAACCAGGCUCGGGAUCAGCACAAGAAAAGGCGCAACAACUCAUCCAGGAGAACGAUCUAGGGUCCGGAGCUGAUAUCGCCAUCGAUGCCAGUGGUGCUGCGCCUGCGAUUCAGAUGGCAAUUCAUGUACUGAGGCACGGCGGGUCGUAUGUACAAGGAGGUAUGGGCUCUGAUGAGAUUGCUUUCCCAAUCGUAGCUGCCUGCACCAAAGAAAUCACCUUUCGUGGGUCUUUCAGAUACAGCUCAGGAGACUACGAAAGUGCGUUGCAUAUGGUUGCGGGGGGAAGAGUCAAUGUCAAAGAGUUGAUCACUGGCUCGUUCGCGUUUGAGGAAGCAGAGCAAGCUUUUCAAUAUGUGAAGGAUGGUAAAGGAAUCAAGGUAUUGAUUGAGGGCGCCCAUUUUUUCCAUUAG